AGCCUGGGUAUCUGAGGGUACCGGGGCGGGGGGGAGGCGCAUGUUGCGCUCAGCCAUGCUGCUCUGCUGUGUACCUAGUCUCCGGCGCAGUGCUGUGGUCUGGAUUGUUUCUUUGCUCACCCAUAUGGAGACGAUCUUGUCACGGAACGUGGCAGUUUGUAAAAGUUCAGUUUUAAUAGGCAAUGCUGCAGAUGUUUUAUCCAACGACAAAUUCUCCUCCUAUAGUCUCCAUUGCCUACUGACAUGGAGAGCAACAAAUUGGAAACGAAACCCCGCAGUUAAAUGACUUCACCCCUCAAAUAUCGUUUACAUUUUUUUAAAAAUUGUUGCUGAAGUGAGAGGGUAAAAUGUUGUAAAAAUGCUUCAUUUUAUGUCAGAUGCACAGGGUGUUGAGAGGCUGUAUCUUUUACUGGACCCGUUUCUGUCAGUGAAAGAGACAAACGUACAUAGAACUCUUCUUCAGGCCCUGGGAUCAACAAGGCUAUUUCAUUUGGCAGCACAAAAAGUAUAAAAGUUCAGCAAUACAUAAUAAUUUUUUUCUCCCAUCAAUUGUCUACUUUUUUGUACUUUCUGUAAACACUUUGGGGGCAGGGACUGCCUGCCUCUUGCUGUAUAUACAACCCCCCACCCCGAUCUCUCUUGGGAUCUUUAGGUGAUGCUGCCAUGAUUAACAGAAGGAUGCAAAUCCCCAAGUGUAAUAAUGUAAAUGUAUUGUCAGAGCUAUAGUACUGGUCUCCCAUUCAAGGAAAAGACACUGAGUGCACAAUACAGAGAGACCAAAACAGAAGCAAUAUUUAUCCAUAAUUAUGACAAUGGUGUACUACGCCUAUGCAAAUAAACUGGUCAAAUGGCACAAGGGAACAGAGUUUCAGACCAGAAGCCUCUGGGCUGUUGGUCAGUCAAACAAGAUCAGACAAUCACAUGCCCAGCUGUAUGUAACUUUGAAACUGGUGAAUACAUUGCUGUCCAUGAUGAUAAGGUUUUAAGAAUAUGGAAGGAUGAAGACAUGAAUUUGGAUAAAGUGUUUAAAGCAACACUGACAGCGGAGGUAUAUCGGAUACAUUCACUACCUGACACAGAGCCACUUGUGCUAUUCAAGAGGGGUGCUGUGCGAACCUUAGAUGCUCUGCUGGCAGCACCGCAACAAGAAAUUGAAAAUGUUAUCUCAGAUGAAGACAUUAGGUGGAGUGAUGCUUUCAUGGAAACUCAACAACCUGUUUUAAUUUUUAUUACUGAGAAAAAUGGGAAUUAUUUUGUGUAUGUGCAGAAGGUUAACCCAAAUAUCCUACACAAGUACAAGCUUGAACUAGAAGAAUCAUUCCAUCCACUGUGUUUUACAACAUAUACAAAAAACAAGAUUCUCACACUCCUAUGUUUGUAUUCUAAUGGAUGUGUAUAUAAGAUUCUGGUGUCACUGCAACAAAGUGUCCAAGAGGAACAGCAAAUUCUGUCCAAAUCAUUACUGCUCAAAAUUGUAGAGUCUGGCACUGUUCUAAAAGGAGCUUCAUUAGCUGUUCUCGAUAAAGAUCAUGUUGCAGUACUCGGAUGUUUGGAUUCUCCACCUACUAUUGCUAAAGCAUGCCUCUCUAUAUGGAAUACAAAAUUUCAAACAUUGCAGACUUCAAAAGAACUACCACAGGGAACUUCAGGACAAUUGUGGUGUUACGGAGAGAAAUUUUUUUUAACACAUGGGAAGGUGCUAACUGUAAUCCUAUACAAGUGUGAAAUGUCAUCCUUGGCAGCUGCUGUUGGAAAACUCAAGGAUACUCAAACCUCAAGCAUGAGAACUGUGUUUUCAUCUGUAAAUUGGAAUAUGCUUCAUGAAGAACAUCUGACAUCUCCACACACAGAGCAACCUGUAAUAGCUAAAAAUGAAUCCAAGAGAAAUUUAAGAUCAAGAAGGAGUAAUGUUGCAAAAGUGCAGCCACAGACCCUUACAGUUGAACAGCUUUUAUCAGAUAUAAAGGAUUCUUCUCAGAAAGAUAUUGAAGAGGAAUUGAGACAGUUCUUGUUGAAUGCACAGAUGUCAGAUUUCCAAGCUACUGUUGGAUAUGUCAUAACAGGUCUUGUGAACAGGUGUAAAACAGAGCCAACCUUCUACCCUCGGAAUUCCCUGGUGCAGUUGAUCCAGACACAAGGACUCUCUUACAGUUUGUGCCCAGACUUAAUGACAGUUGCCUUGGAGAAGACAGAUGUGCAUUUGUUGCAACUCUGUCUACAGCAAUUCCCUGACAUUCCUGAAGCAGUUACCUGUGUUUGCUUGAAGGCUUUCUUAAGCAUUAAUGACGAUAGCCUUGAAGGAACAAAUGUGAAUUUAGAUUCAGUCAUCAAUUACAUCAAUAUUACGCCCAAUGAGCAAGUAAAAAAACAAACUGAAACUCUACAGAAUGGCUUCAGUUCUGAAUUGAUGGAGGAGGACGGCUGUGAUAUUCAAUUAACGCAGAAACCCUGUGCAAAAGAGACGGAAGAAUUAUGCCCUGUUGGACCACAAAAGGCAGCAUUACUAAAUGCCAUUCUCCGUUCAGCAUACAGUGAAACAUUUCUCUUGCCUCAUCUGAAAGAUCUUUCAGCUCAGCAAGUCAUCCUGUUUCUCCGGUAUUUGCAGUUCCUAUAUGUGAAGUAUAGUGAAAAAUUUAGUACAGAUCUUCCUGGCAUGUUUUCUCCAACCAUAAACCAGAUUAUGGAUUGGAUGUGCUUGGUACUAGAUGCUCAUUUUACUGUUGUGGUUAUGCUACCAGAAGCAAAAGGAUUGCUAUGUAGCUUGCAUAAGUUUGUGAGAGCACAGGUACGAUUUUACUCUGAACUCAACAAGAUCGAAGGAAGUUUGCAAGAGCUACAAAGACUAAAACACCAAAAAGACUUUGGAUUAUAUUCUAUUGAAAUGUUGGAACUUGUUUGAAUUUGAUAUGCAUUUUUCAUAAACUUAUUUUUUAUUUAA